AUGGCGGCCGCCGGGCUCUGCUCCCUGCCCGGGAGGGCUCUGUGCCGGCGGUGCCUGGGCCCGGCGCUGCUGCAGCGCGGCUACCGAGGGGACUCCCCGUCGGAAUCCGGGAAGGAUUUGCUGGAGAUCCCAUUGCCCCCAUGGCAGGAGCGUCCGGACGAGCCCCUGGAGACCAAGAGAGCCCGGCUGCUCUAUGAGAGCCGCAAGAGGGGGAUGCUGGAGAACUGCAUCCUGCUCAGCCUCUUUGCAAAGGAGAACCUGCACCACAUGAGUGAGCACCAGCUGAACCUCUACGACCGCCUCAUCAAUGAGCCCAGUAACGACUGGGACAUCUACUACUGGGCCACAGAAGCAAAGCCCACCCCGGUGGAGUUUGAGAGCGAGGUGAUGGCCAAGCUGCGGGACUUCGCCAAGAACAAGAACAGGGAGCAGAGGCUGCGGCAGCCGGACCUGGAAUACCUCUUUGAGCCCCCCCGCUCACAACAGUGAUGCUGCUGCCCUCCCUGGGGCCUUCCUCCUCCUCCUUUUCCUCCUCCAGCAGCUCCUUUGAACUCUCAGGUUGUGCUGAAUAAAGCUGUGGCUGCUCCUG